AUGGAGUCCACAAACGAUCCCCGCCUCGCCAAGAACCACAAACAGACAGGAAUCUUCGUGGACGAGCUCGAAGGGCUUUUCGCCGACAUCCACCAGGUAAAGGAAACCAUCUUCGACGCGGAAGAAGGUCCGAAUGGCGUCCCUAGCGAAGUCAAAGCGGCCUGGAGAGCCGGGUUUCAAGACAUCGAGGACAUCAACAUCGCCGCUGCACGAGCACGAAACGACUCGCUCAGGCCACUCUAUAAGCGGGUCGUGGUCCAGGCACUGAGAAGUAUGGCUGCUGCAGUUGAGGAGGCCGUGGCCAAGGACAAGCAGCUCUCAAGCGUCAUGCAGAAAGUUUGCAACGACCUCGAGCGUAUUCAAUCCGAUGUUAUCACUCGAGACGCCGAGCUUACGCGCCUCAGGGAAGAGAAGCGAAAGAUCGAGGCUGCUUUGACAACUGAACGCCUGACCAAUCCAGCUGAGACGCAUUGCUUUGAUACCAAAGUAUGUCGGCACAAUGUGGGAUCGAUCGCAGAGGGCGUCUUCAUCGACAAGGGAAGAGUCUUCAUGUGCGGUGGUGAGGUUGGUCAAAUCCGAGAGACGGUGCACAUCCCCCGCUUCUACAUCGUCGAGCCGUCGAGUAGAUCUAGACCCGCGGUCUGGCUGGACUUCAAGAGAGCGCAGCGAAACUUCGAUCCUCAUUCGCCCACUAACAAGCCCGGAGAUAUGGUCUGGGGAUUUUCUGAGAUGAUAAACGACCAGGCCUUUUAUGGAUAUGGUCUGCUUGGACGAGUCGAGGAGAACAUGAAUAUCCAUUGGAUCGUGCAGAUCAGCGAAGCCAAAAAGAAGAGUUUGGGUUAUGACAUCAAGGAUGAGGAGGCGGAUGAUUCCCUAACAAACGAACACAUCGAGGACCCGGAAGAGGAAGUCAGUGCCUCAAUUAGUUCGGAGCCAGACUGGGACUCUGACUGGGAAUGA